UUGUGCAGAGUUUUCAAGAAGACUAGCGGCAACGGUGGCCUGACGCUCUACUUGGGAAAGAGAGACUAUGUGGACCAUGUCACCAGUGUCGACCAAGUCGAUGGCGUCGUCAAGUUGGACACCUCAAACUUUGGGGACAGAAAAGCGUUUGUGCAGCUGGCUUGCGCCUUCCGCUAUGGCAGCGAUGACCUGGAUGUGAUGGGCCUGUGCUUCCGCAAGGACAUUUGGAUCCAGCAGGUUCAAAUCUACCCGGACGAUCACAAGCCGGCGCUCACCGCCAUGCACGAGACGCUCAUCAAGAAGGCCGGAGACGAUGCACGCCCUUUUACCUUUCAAAUUCCCAAUAACCUUCCGUGCUCCGUAUCGCUGCAGCCUGGUCCGGAUGACAAGGGGAAGGCUUGCGGUGUGGACUUUGAGGUCAAGACGUACCUAGCCAAUGACAAGUGCAACCCUGACGAGAAGAUCGAAAAAAAGGACACGGCGCGUCUGAUCGUACGCAAGGUCCAGUAUGCGCCAUCCCAGGUGGGCGCCGGGCCCAAGGCGGAAAUCUGCAAGAGCUUCAUGAUGUCUGACAAGCCCGUGCACCUGGAGGUGUCCCUCGAAAAAGAUCUGUACUUCCACGGCGAGUCUAUCCCCAUCAAGUUCAAGAUUAGUAACGAGAGCAACAAAACGGUGAAGAAGAUCCAGGUCACAGUGGAGCAAACUACCGACAUUGUCCUCUACUCUGCCGACAAGUACACCAAGUGCGUCUUCACCAAGGAGUUUGGCGAGACUGUAGAGGCGGGCGGAUCGCUGGAGAACACGCUGAGCAUCGUGCCACUGCUGUCCGAAAACAAGGAGAAACGCGGUCUGGCGCUGGAUGGACGCCUCAAGGACGAGGACACCAACCUGGCGUCCACCACCGUGUUGCGUCCGGAUGUUGAGAAGGAAGUACUAGGAAUUCUGGUGUCCUACAAGAUCAAAGUCAACCUGAUGGUGGCCGGAGGAGGCUUGCUGGGAGGACUCACUUCCAGUGACGUCACCGCCGAGGUGCCACUGAUGCUCAUGCACCCCAAACCGGAAGGUGAGGUAUCACAUGAAGUCAUUGGAUGUCAAUCGGCACCAAUGAAAAUGAGUGACUUGUCCAAACGUCUGCUUUUUCAACAUUUACUCAUGCUGCUCUUCUUCUCUCCUCGUCUUCCUUGUGUGGCGAGCAGAAGAGGAACCCGGUCUGCAAGUGGAUGGACAGGCCAGAAACGCAGACAGGAAGUGACACGUGUGACCGACAACUCAUGA